UAAACAUGGCAGCCGCUGCCGGGUCGCGAUCCUCCACGCAAAAUAACGCUGGUAUGGAGGGUUUCCCUUUCCCCGUGGUUGACAGACCACCUGGGGACAGUACGAGUAAAGACCCGACCACUACCGGAGAACCAAAAAAGAAACCGUGCCGAGCGUGUACGGAUUUUAAAUCAUGGAUGAAGUUGCAGAACCAGACGUCCUCAGCCUCAGUGCAGGAGAGCAGGGCGGUGGAGGAAACUAAGCCUGUUGAAUGCCCUCUGGACAGAGAGGAGCUGGGCAGGAGCUCAUGGUCUUUUCUUCACACUAUGGCUGCAUAUUAUCCCGAUACACCGACCACAGAACAGCAGGGGGAGAUGACACAGUUCAUCAACCUCUUCUCCAAGGUUUUCCCGUGUGAUGAAUGUGCAGAGGACCUGAGAUCAAGAUUGAAAACAAAUCAACCGGACACUAACAGCCGGCACAACCUCUCACAGUGGCUGUGUCGUCUCCAUAAUGACAUCAACAUCCGGUUAGGCAAGCCGGAGUUUGACUGCAGCAGGGUGGAUGAGCGAUGGCGAGACGGCUGGAAAGAUGGUUCUUGUGACUGAAAUGAACAUGAGCUAAAAGACGUUGCAUACUGAUUCUGUGGACCUGUCAUUUUUGUUGCAACAAAUGCAGGUUGCAGUGCCAAUCAGGAGUCAUGCAUAAACAUAUACAUGUUGACUUUGCACUUAAACUUUGUUCUAAUUGAUAUCAUGAUUUAUCAUUAUACAAAUGUCUAAAUUGUGCUUUUAAUCAAGAGUGUGUCUGUCUACAAGAGUAUGGUGUUAUGGCCCAUACUUUUUUUUUGGAUGGUUGAGCUCUCGGUGGAUGUAAAUAGCCCAGAGGUAACUGGAUGAACUCUGUUCAACAGCUGGAAAUAAAAAUUUUCUGUUUGUUUAGAGCA